AGUAAUAGUACACCGCCCAUAAGAGUGCAUACUAUGUAGUAUAUACUAUGUAGUAGUGUAGUACGCGGUUUGGGACGGAGCCUGAAUGUUCCAUAUGAGGCCUGUGUGAACAAGUCAUGGAAAAUGGCGACUGCAGAGCCGGAAGUAAUAUUGAAUCCAUUGAAGAGUGAAGAGGAGAACUCAGAAGAGACAAGCCAGGAGAUUGUCAGCCCUGAGUGUUAUAUCAAACAUCCGCUACAAAACAGAUGGUCUUUAUGGUUCUUUAAAAAUGACAAGAGCAAAACAUGGCAAGCCAACUUGCGACUGAUUUCAAAGUUUGACACAGUAGAAGAUUUUUGGGCGCUUUAUAACCAUAUUCAGCUGUCCAGUAAUUUGAUGUCCGGAUGUGACUAUUCGCUGUUCAAGGACGGCAUUGAGCCCAUGUGGGAGGAUGAGAGAAAUAAGAAAGGAGGGCGCUGGCUCAUCACCCUCAACAAACAGCAGAGGAAGCACGACUUGGACAGUUUUUGGCUGGAAACAAUGCUUUGUCUUAUAGGAGAAGCUUUUGAUGACUACAGUGAUGAUGUUUGCGGUGCUGUAGUCAACAUCCGAACAAAAGGAGAUAAAAUUGCUGUCUGGACAUCCGAUUAUGAGAACAAAGAUUCAGUAACACACAUAGGGAGGGUGUAUAAGGAGCGAUUAGGAAUCCCUAUGAAGAUGACCAUUGGCUAUCAGUCUCAUGCUGACACAGCCACAAAGAGUGGCUCAACUACCAAGAACAAGUUUGUGGUCUGAAAAUCUGAGCCUGAAACCACUCUCCCUUCACCCUAUCUCCACCCCCUCUCCCUUUAAACCUCCUCUCUUUCUCAUGCACUUUGCUCUUCUGCUUUAAACCAAAGCUUCAAAUUCAAAUAAGAAUCAACCAGUUUCUCACUCAAAAUGCCACCAAACCUCAACCAGUACCACCGACGAGCCCCAACAGGAAUCCCGAACACACCUUAGCUCACAAAGUACCGACAGGUUUAACACAUAAUACACUAAGAAAUGUUAACUAAACAGCAAAGCAUUAUGAUGUAUACUCAAAUCUUCAAAUAUGUGGACAGUCCUCAUCAAAAACGACUUGAACAAACUUGCAUAUUCAUUGUUAAACAGGACUCUGAGAUUGUAAAAUAUUUGAUGUGUUCUUUUUAAAAAGAAAUGUGUUGAAUUAUUUAAUGGCUGAGGAAAGGUAAUGUCUGUGUGCACCCUUAUCCAGCAGCCUCACUGCAAUAGUGCCUAUUGAACACAUUUUUAAUUUAUUCAGACUUAACAUUUUGUGAAGGUGGUAUACAACGACCUGCCCAUGUAAUCAAGCAAAUCUUCAAAAUGCUGCCUUAUUUCUUACAGCAAAAACAUGAUUAAAUUUGGGGUUCUGCAAUUCA